AAACUCCAAGAGAGCAUGAAGUCUUUCGAAUUCUGCAUCUCUCUUCUUGUCCUUCAAGCUCUCUUCAAUACUUUCCCUACGACCGAGGCAGUCCCAGCAGUCUGCUCUGGGGUUUUUAGAGAAUACAUUGGAGCUGAGGGAAAGAAUGUCACAUUCUCUGACGUCCCAAUUAAUCCAAAUAUUGAGUUUCACUUCCUCCUCUCGUUUGCUAUAGACUACACAAACACAAGUUCACCAGAACCCACUAAUGGUAACUUCAUGGUCUAUUGGGACACUGAUAACCUCACCCCUUCUCAUAUUUCUUCCAUCAAGGCCCAGUAUAAAAACGUUAAGGUAGGUAUGAGUCUCGGUGGUGAUACAGUGAAUGGUAAAAAUGCCACUUUCGCUCCUACUUCAAUUACUUCUUGGGUGAGAAAUGCAGUAUAUUCAAUCACCAAGAUAGCGAAAGAGUACAACCUGGAUGCAAUAGAUAUAGAUUAUGAACACUUCAACGCAGAUCCAGAUACCUUCACCGAGUGCAUCGGGCGACUGUUGUACUAUCUUAAACAAAACAAUGUCGUCUCUUACACAUCAAUAGCACCAUAUGCAGAUGAUUCAGUGCAGGUGCAUUAUUUAGCACUCUGGAAAAAGUAUGGUCAUCUAAUAGACUAUGUCAACUUCCAAUUUUAUGCCUAUGAAAAGGGCACAACCAUUCCUCAGUUCCUGCAGUACUUUGAAAUCCAGAGGUAUAACUACAAAGGAGGCAAGAUUCUAGUGAGCUUUGGAACUGACAACAGUGGUGGCUUGUCUCCUAAACAUGGAUUCUUUGAUGCAUGCACCAUACUAAGGAGUCAGGGAAAUCUUCAUGGUAUCUUUAUUUGGUCUGCAGAUGACUCUACGAAUGAUCGUUUUCUAUAUGAAAAGCUGUCACAAGACCUCUUAGCCAGUGCAAUUUAAAUAUGUUGCAACCAUUCAAGAUAAUCCUUUGUAGGCCAUGACAAAAGAUAAAAAUUGGAACUGAAACUAUGUUAUUGUUUUUUUGGAGGCUUCUCUAGGAAAUAAAUUGCGUUUGAAGUAGUCCUCUUAUUGUCAUCACAAUCGUGAUGCAAACAGUCCAGAUUUACAAUUUCCAGAUGCGCUUAGCUUACUCUUCACAGGAAAGUACUAAUUAAUAUAGUUUGUUUAAUGCAUUGAACGAUAUAGAAGGUUCUCUAUGGA